AUUACGAUCUGUUGCACAGGGUUGCUACACCCGGGUGGACACAGGCUAGGGGCAAAACAAGUCUCUAUUUUACAAUUAUUCGCAAUUACUUUCUCGAUACAAAUCCGUUGUUAGUGUGAUGGAUUAAUAUGUUUGGAAAACGUCUAAAUGAACAGUUUUAUGACCGAUUUAAAUCAUGAUCUUGUAGUGACGUAUUUGUAUCUAACAUUAGAAGAUAAGAAGCUAGUCACGUAACAUAAACAAUUCCACGGACUACCUUAAGCGCCUUAAUGACAUUAUUUAAUGUCAGUUUAGCACGCAGUGAGUAGUAAUGUUUAGAGGAACGUCGUUUUGGCUGUCAUUAUAUUGGUAAACACUCAAGACCUGUUAUUCUGAAAUGGCGUGUCGAGACAGGAAUCUCAAGCUAUAAUGUUGCAACGUAGGGAAGGCACAAUGGCGACACUAAAUUGCUUUCAGGAAGUGGAGUCAUGAACGAUCCGAAGCGCCCGUUGAAUAGAUUAUCGAGCUUGGUCAACAUUUCUUCAUUUUAAUCCCAAAAUGCCUGGUAUGGUGGUUUUUGGUCGUCGGUGGGGAAUCGCCAGUGAUGAUCUUGUUUUCCCUGGAGCAUUCGAACUCUUCAUCCGCUUACUUUGGUGGAUUGGCACCAUCAUCCUGUAUUCUUAUCACAAGGGUCAUUUUGAUUGUAACGGGAAAGGUGUUCUUCACAUCUACCUGAUUGGACUCUUAGUGGUGCUGGCACUGAUCAUUUUGUCACUAUGUGCCAUUGUAUAUGUCAGUGCUCAAGGUACCAUAACAAACCCUGGGUCAAGGCGCUCCAUGCCCACCCUGGUGUACCUACGGGCUCUUCUUUACGUCCCUGAGCUAGUGUGGGCCUGUCUGGGGGCUGUGUGGGUGUCUGACGAUGGCAAAGGUUGUGAUCCGGCAACCGUGGGGGCUGUCAUCGCAGCAGUGGUUGCCAGUUGGAUCAUCCUCCUCUUGACGGCUCUGGGCGUCGUUUUCGUCUUUGAUCCGCUGGGCAAUCCUCGGCCUUCCGCCGCUGCCAUGGAGCCCAUCGGCGUGCGCCACUUGGAGAGCGGCGGUGGAACUCAGUUCCUCUCCACGGCGCGGUCGCUCGCCGUCAAGGUGUGGGAGAGCAGGCUCCGACUUUUGUGCUGUUGCCUGCCGCAGGACGAAAACAACAGAGCGGCCUUCUCCAGCAUCUCGCAGCUCGUCAGCGGCUUCUUCUCCGACACGGACUUGGUUCCCAGUGACAUUGCUGCCGGUUUGGCUUUGCUGCAUCAGGAACAGGACAAGAUGGAGCGAAGCAGAGAUCCAGACAUCACGAUUGAUCACAGUCCAUCUUCCCCCAUCGAAGAAGAUCUCGAGUCCGAGUUGGAGAAAGCCGUCCACUGUAUGCAUUUUGCUGCCGCGGCCUACGGCUGGCCUUUGUACAUUUACUCCAACCUUCUCACCGGGCCCUGCAAACUUAGCGGAGACUGCUGUAGAAGCCGCGGCGCAGAGGAUGACAUUGUCGGGGGAGACCACCUCGGCUGUCAUUUUUCUUCCAUUCUGCACAGUACCGGAUUGCAAUACCGGGACUUCAUUCACGUCAGCUUCCACAAUCAGAUCUACGAGAUCCCUUUCUUUGUGGCUCUGGAUCACGAGCGGGAGUCCAUUCUCGUGGCUGUCAGAGGAACAUUGUCUUUAAAGGAUGUCCUGACAGAUCUUUCCGUUGAAUGUGAGAACUUGCCCAUUGAUGGCGUGACCGGAGCCUGCUACGCUCAUAAGGGCAUCAGCCAGGCCGCAUCUUACAUUUACAAGAAGGUGGUCAACGAUGGAAUCCUGAACCAAGCAUUUUCCAUCGUGCCAGAGUACAAACUGGUCAUUACUGGUCACAGCCUGGGUGCGGGUGCAGCUGCGGUGCUUGCCAUCCUAUUGCGCAAGUCCUUCCCCACCCUUAAGUGCUACGCCUUUUCUCCACCAGGGGGACUCCUAAGCAAAGCCUUAGCUGAUUAUUCCAAGGACUUUGUGGUCUCUGUUGUACUGGGGAAAGACCUGGUUCCACGAUUGAGCCUUCCCAAUAUGGAGGAUCUGAAACGAAAAAUACUCAAGAUUGUCUCAAAUUGCAAUAAACCCAAAUACCGCAUCCUUUUGCAGGGAUGCUGGUACGAAUUGUUUGGUGGGAACCCAGAUGACUUUCCCUCUGAAAUGGAGAACCGGAGGGAAGAGGAGCUCAGUCUUCCUCUGCUCGGCGAAGAAUCCCUUUUGAUCCGCCAUUCGUCAUCAUACCAAAGCCUGGCGUCGGACGACUCGCCUCUCCAUACGGCGCCGCACAUGCCUCUCUUCCUCCCUGGACGUGUUCUACAUAUGAUUGAAGAUGGGCCCACACGCAGGUCUUGCAUAUCCCAGGUUCGAUACCGCGCCGAGUGGUCGGACGCAAUGGCGUUCAGGAGUAUUUUGAUCAGCCCCAGGAUGCUCGCAGAUCACAUGCCCGAUGCUGUGCUUGGAGCGCUCAAGGGUCUGACGAGCGAAAAACCCUACUCGCUCUGCCCGUCGUCCUCAAACCACAACCGGCACAACGUUGUCUGAAUGUACUUCAAAAGCAGACCAAAAUCCCACUUCUUUGGCAAAAAAGGUAUUUGGCUCUCUCCGCGUGCGUUCCUAUGCCAAAAUAGUUUUGCACUUUUAGCAACAGACUCGUGGAAACGCCAUUGUAGCUUCAGUAAAAAUUGACAGGUUUAAGAAAGGCACAUUGGAUUUUAAUUUUAUUUUCCCUUUGCACUUUUAAUCAUUUUACCAUAAUGUUUCAAUUCUGUGAUUUGUCAUACUGUGCGAGUUUAAAUGGCAUGGAUUCUGAAUGUGCUUUGUGUACAAUAUUUGACACGUUUGUACGGUAUAUAUGGUCGAAAGUAUGUUUGUGUGUGUGUGACGUAUUGUUGCUGGACACUGCCCCAGCUUCACGCUCAAAGUAACCACUUGUCUUCCUCAGCGGUCGGACUGAUCAAGGAUGUCACGGGAGUAACUUUUGUCCGAUUGUGUAAACGUUGCGUCUUUGUACAAUGUACAGUGGUUCGUGUUUUUUUUGUUUCGAGACGUCGGGGUGAGCAGUGCCUGUGCUUUAUGGGAAACGAGUAUGUCCAAUUGUUUAAAGAGAAAAAGGCAACCACUUUCUGAAUGGAGCUCAGAAUUUCUCCAUAUGUUGGUGCAAAUACAGGAGCUGUUCAAAUCGGUGCAAACUUUCUUUCCCCUCCCAUAAAGCAUGCAGAGUUAAGUUUUGAAUCAGCUGAUGCACUCACCGUCCGAAUAUAUAUUGAAUUUCAUGAUGAGAAUAAAAGCUUUUGUGGAGUGUAA